CAAAAAAUCCAGAGUGACUGCCUCCCAGCUCCAGCAAGAAGUCAUGUCACCAAGAAACUCAAGUGGAAAAAGUCAGGGUAUCAUCCAAGCCUACAAGAGUGGCAUAACGCUCCAGGGAAACAGUACUAGCCUGGGCAGAUGGGACUUCAGUGGAUCUUUCUUCUUCUCCAUCUCUGCAAUAACAACCAUUGGCUAUGGGAACUUGAGCCCCAGCACUGCGGCUGGUCGAAUUUUCUGCAUCUUGUUUGCACUCUUUGGGAUCCCCUUGAACCUUGUGCUCCUGAAUGAAAUUGGGCAGCUGAUGCUGUUGGGGGUUCAGCACUGUGCCCAUCGCCUAGAGGCGGUAUUUCACUGGCAGAAAGCUUCUCUCCUUAUUAAGACCUGUGCACUGGUAACUGGCUUGUUAUUGUUCCUCCUGCUACCUCCCUUGUUGUUCUCUGACAAAGAAGGCUGGUCUUAUGAAGAGGGCUUCUACUAUUCUUUCAUUACCCUCAGCACCAUAGGGUUUGGAGAUUAUGUGAUUGGGAUGAACCCAGACCGCACCUAUCCAGGCUGGUACAAGAAUGUAAUCUCUCUGUGGAUCCUGUUUGGGAUGGCCUGGCUAGCACUUGUUAUCAAAUUUUGCAUCAACUUUCUAGAGAGCUCCAGUGACUUCUGUCAGUGCAACAAGAGCAGCACAGAGAUUGCAGAAGACUUAAUGGAUGGCAACAGAAAUGGUAUGACAGGACUUCACGAUGUGGAGAUCUGCAAUGACAAAGACACAAAAACAAAAGGACCAGAUGAAUCUCACACCUACACAGCUCCUACAGAAGCACCCUAGGGAAGAAACAUACCCUUGGUGUCUCUUACAUUUUAGUGCACCAGAGACACACCACUUAAAAAUCGGGAAUGGAGCUGCCCUGACAGUCACGUGGGGUGCAGUCUUGCUUAUUGAGCUUGAAAUGCUUCUACUCCAAAUUGAGCAAUGACAACAAAACGUUUCAUUUGCAGCAUCACCAAGAAUUACCAGCUGGGCUCUUAGCCAACAGUAGAUUUACAGAGAUAUUACCUACCCUCCCACCUCAAUAUAGGAGGUAAACUUUGACAUCUGUACGCAACACUAGCUGUUGUUCUUUUCUUUGCAUGCAAAGUUCUUGUGGCUUCUAACUGUAUGUAUGGCACUUUGCAGAUACCACAACUGGAAAAGCAAGUGCCAUUUAAUGCAGAUACCACAAAUUACAUGUUGCUAAAAGACUUAAUAAAAAGCACUAUUUAAAGCCACCUGGCAGUUACCACAGAUGUGCUCCAUCAUCUAUAUGCUUGUACUUGCCAAAGGUGGUAACGUGCUUCUGCACUCUGAUCAUUAGUAUAUGGAAGGCAAUGUGGCAGAGCUUGUAGAAGUGUCUAAUGGAAACAGGUCAUUCAAUUUUUUUAAAAGAAAUUUCAACAUCAGAAGUCUACUAAUAUUAAAAAGAGGCAAGGUAGUUAGGCUAUUCCUUACGUCAGAACUUACAUGGAUUCAUCCUUUAUAAAGUAUUAUAUAGACCAAAUGUCAUCAACUCAAUGUGACAGUUCAUUUGGAUAGAUUUUUAUUUUGUCACAUCUUGGAAGCCAGAAAGGGAAGACUAGAUACAGUUUUAAGUGCCAGUGGUUCCAACAUUAUCCUGUGGCCAGUGUUAACAAGGGUUACUUCCAUCUAGAAACGGACUGAAAUAUCUUCAACUGUAAUCACAAGAUGCUAUUCUGAUGACCUUCUCAUGUCAUAAGUAAAUGGCAUCUGUUGUGCUUAUAUAAAAGAUGUUAGCUACAACUAUCUUUUGAUCCAUGGAAUGCCAGACCUGCUUAUUUGGCCUUUGUGUCAACCAUGAAACAGAACUGGUUUUUUAAUUCCAUUAAAUUCUCAGACCUUUUGAUUAAUUAUGCCAUUUAUAAAGGCCUAACAGAGUCUAAUGCUUGCUGCCAUUUGUAUACCCAUAUCUAAUCUUCUCAUUUUCUUAUUCCUCUUGUGCUGCUUGCAUUCUAGAGCAUUAACUUUGAAAACUUGACCAUAGUAGUAACCCAGAACAAAGCAUUUGGGUAAGCCUUCAGCUUCUACCUUGAACCAAAAUUCCACAUGGAUGGUGGAGAAAAAAAACUGAAAAUGCAAUCUGUUGGAGUAUGGAACUCUGGAAUUAGAAAUGUCCAUAGCUGGAUUCACAGAAAUGCAGUGAGUGAAAAGUUUACAGUCUUCUGGAACAUGUAUUGUGAAAAAAGGAUUUCCAGAGUAGGCCAGUCUGAGUGUUUAUAUGUGGUAGAGCUGAUUACGGGAGAAAAUGCAGGAAAGGAUCUGCUGGAUGAGAUUGUCAGCCUUUUGAUCAUCAACCUUUUGCCAACUCCAUGCUAACAGAUGUUACCCGAAAUACCAUUUCAGUGGGCAGCAGAGAUAAAGGGAGGUAAUGGAAAUCUCAGGUCAUAGUUGGGAAACUGAUGCAAAAUAAUUAUACUUCAAUUUUUUGAUCAUUGGGUAAUUUCUUUAAGAGCCUUUAGCAUAAACUUUUCUGUUUCUUCUAUGUUUUGUCUUGUUUAUUUUCACUGAUGGAUACAUAAUGUAGGUUCUACUAAUGUUCAUAAUAGGCUGGCCUACAAUAAGGCCAAAGUGUUUUUCUUUAAACCUAAGUGAAUCACAGUUCCACAGCACAAAAUGUGGUACCCUUUUAUGCAUAUCCUUUGCACCUUCUUUCAGGUGCAAAACUUAGUAAAUAUAACUAUCAUAAAAUCUGGAUGCACAGACGGUAGUAGGAGUUUCUACUGUCAAAUCAUGGUAAUGACUAUGCUAAAUCUAUUUCAACUUUAACUUGAAAUGUCACGGGCUCUGGGGAUUUCUACUAGCUCUGCUCUUUGAGAAGGUCUAGCUUGAGAAGAGUUUCUUCUUUUCAAUUUGAAUGUAUUCUAUUUUAAUUGCAUCGAAUUCAUAUUUCUAUGUAUUUGUAGUUUGUGGAUAAGGUUUUCAAAAGUGCCUUAGAUGUUUGGGCACCCUGAUCCCACUGAAGUGCAGUCACAUGCCCUAGGACAGCUAUUACAUGCUUCUGAGAGCUAAAAGGAAGAGGAACUCUAGGAGUAGUCCUGAAAAAGGGAACAAAUAGUAAUUCUUCGUGAAUCUCAGUGCUUCCGCUGUAUGUCAGGGUUCAGCCACAAACCUAAGCAUGUGUCUGGGUCUCAAGGUGACUCAGUAUCUGCCCCUGCAGCCCUUGCUGAUUCGCUUCCUUCCGCAGCUGUGCUGUUGUACUACCCAGCAGCUCCCCACCAGCACUGUCCUGCUACAAACUGUCUGACACAACAUACUUUACAGGAGGCACAUCUGAACUGCUUGCAAGCCAGAUGUAACUCUGGAGCUGCCAAGUUACCUGCUUGGGUCCUGGAUCACAUGAAAAAAUACGAAAUAAGUGAGUCAAAUACCAUCUCUGCCUGAGUUCUCUGAUGCCAAGUCAGCAUGUUGUCACUUACAAAUACCCUUUUUUUGACAGUUCCUCAGCUAACUUUUAAUAAAGACAAUAGAUCCUAUUGCAUCUGAGUGCCCACAAA